AUGGCAACGCGUUUCGCCGGCUUCGGCCCUCAAACUACCAAGAUUCUGAGCCAUGAGAGUGGACUACAUUCGGAGUGGAAUCGGAGGUUCGGCUUCUGUAGUCUGAUCGCUGUCGGUGAGUAUAAAUGUUGUUGCAGAUAGCUUUAUAAUAAAUUUUGAAAUAGUAUCACGUAACUAAUGAAUGUGUUACCUACAGCUGGAGUGACCAUCUUGAGCUCAACGUACGGGUUUCUGCUUACAAAUCUGUUUUCCGUCAGCCAAUCCACAUCUCCGCCCUUGACUUCCGUGUUAUUAGCUUCAAUACUAUACCUCAUUUCAGGUAAGAACUUGCCAUAUGUUUUCUCUACAAUUUUUUUGACCAAAACCUUAAACUACCUAAAUUUCAGGUGAACAAAAUCGUGUAAUAUCUCGUCGUAUACCUCUGAAUGGAUUACUGUACAACUUCGCGUUUACCUCACACUCCGAGCUCCUGGCCUUUGUGAUUGGGUGGUCACAGCUGUUCGAUGGUGUUCAACUUCUGACAAUUCUGGUCAAGGUUCUGUCGGAAAUCAUGGUAAACAUUUUACUCCGUAACCUUGUUACUUACGUAGUCUUUCUCACUUCAUCUACUGUAAAGGUUUCUUUGUUAUCUUACUGUAGUCGUUAAUAUUCCGUCCACUGUAAGAUAGUACAUUAUCUUGCUCUUGACUUUGAACCACAGUAGCCCUCUUAUUGAGUAAUCUGUUUACAGAAGAUGUUGUUUUGUUAUCGGAUGGAGCAAGUCGUGCCUUCUGAAUCCGUGGUAGAGCAGUGGCCGGUAACCAAUUACUCUGACUGGAUUCUCAUCGUUUCCGCCAUGUUAAUCAUGAUGUGUUCGCUGCGGGUCGUCUCGACUGUGAGCAUCGUCUUCAUGGUGGCCAUAUUGUUUACUGUAACCAGCACAACAGUAGUCGCAUUACUACACAACAUCGUGCAUCUUCAAGUCCAUUACAUAGGAUUUCCGUACAACUACCAAGAGGUAUAUUCACCUAAGCAUUUCUUUCUAUUAUAGUAGUAUUAUAGUAUAUGUAGACAUCACAGCGAAAAUACAAUCAAGUUGGUCAUAAUCAGGGGCGUCGCUAGGGGGGGGGGAGUGGAUCCACCCCCAGAAAAAAUCCGUAGCGACGCCCCUGAUCAUAAUACAUUACAAUGUCAUUUUCAGAUUAUGGACGGUACAGAAGCCCUGAUAGUGGGUGUAAUGGCAGUAGAAGUGAUGUCGUAUGUUUCCCAAGAAACCGAGAAUCCGACCAAAGUUUUACCUCAGUUAUUUCGGUACCUUCCUCGUGGUAUGUGUGUCCUCCUUCUGAUUGGUACGAUGGCAUUCUUUCCCUUUUCACUACGCCGACCAUUUACUGACACUAAAUUGUUACCUUCAACUUUUGACACGAUCGGAAUAUUCUCAGCACGGUAUCUUCUGAACGUGGGUUUGGUAUGUGGCCUUAGUGCUACAGUCUGUAUAGCAUAUAUUGGACCUACAAGAAUUCUGUGUCAGAUGGCUGACGAUGGAUUGGUACCUCGGUUCUUGGGACAUCUUUAUGGUAAAGGUAAUUUUUUCUCAAUACGUUAAUCAUUUGAAAUGUGUUGUAUUUCUUUUAUAAAAGGCAACUAUAAUGAAAAGUAAGUACAACUAUGUAACCACCCAUUACCACGGUAUCUUUAGGUGGAUCGCCUCGACUGUCAGUCUUCAUCGUCACCAUCUUGACGUUUGUUUUCUCUCUGGCGCCGCGACAGUUGUUGUCCUCAACACUUCCUGCCAGUAUCAUGCUGAGACUUUUCACACAAUCCAUUCUCGUUUAUAACAAUGUUAUUCCCGACCCGAAAGACCCGGCCGACGAUGAUAACAUCAACACAAGAUAUAAUUCAUUGGGUGAAAGCAGAUGCUCGUCCAUCGCCGACCAGAAACACAGUAUAAUCGACAGUACGUACUCGGAAAUCACUUCAGAAAGUGAGGAAGAACAUGCUCUGGAAAAAGUAUGGAAAGUGAACGGGAACGAGGAAACAAGCUUGAUCAACGGACUUACAAAAACAUACGACACAUUACCACAAGUGAGUAGUCUUUCAGGCCUGAAGUUUAAAAAAAUACUUGUUUCAUAUUGUUAUUAAAAUUCUUUUGAAUAAACAGAAAAAAACAUCUUUCUGUUGCCCAAAAACGAUAGGGCGCAGCUUGCAGCCAAUACUCCGCAGGUUGCAAGAAUUUUUUAAACGGUAAUUUACAACACAGAAAGAUUUAUAUAAUAGUAUAAUCAUGAUAUUCAACCCCCUUUUACAGAAUAAAUACCACAACUGCUUGACAUCAUCAUGCAACCACGGCUCUUCUGUUCUCCAAAGAUAUCACAUGUACGAUCCAGAGGAACAGUACGAGAGGACGGUGAUCUGUAAGGAACAGUCAAACAGAUCAUUCGGAAUAGACAAAACACCCAAAAACGGCAGACGUGCUCUGACAUUACACUUGAUAUCAGCCGUUAUGAUCGCUCUGUCUUCUACCAUAAUACGAGAAACUGUAAGGAUUACAGUAACAUAAAAGCCACUUUUAGCCGACCCCCUUUACCUUUUUUAAUGAUUUCUCUAGUAUCGUUUCAGACGGAGUACUUGCCAAUAAUGCCCAUAAUAACAUUGACUGUAGGCUUGGUAUCUUCGCUUUGUGUGUCUAUAUGGAUAUUGAACAUAAGACCAGAAGACGAGAAAGAACGAUGGAUACCAGGAAUGUCCGUAGUAACAAUAUUCACAGUAAUCCAGCUAUUAUUCCAUAUCAAGAUAUUGACGAUGGUACCAAUUGUCAUUUGGGACGGUAUUGGUCUUCUUUUGUAUUUGUUAUGUUUAUGUCAACGGACUUCCAACUAG